CAGUCUUUAUAGUAUCUCGUCGGUGGUAAACGUAAAGAAAUACGAGCACAUGAUGUGUGUGUGUGUUUUAUGAUUUAACCUAUGAGAGUUUAUAUAGAAUUAUCAACAGUGAAUUAUUUCUUCUAUAAGUUGUUAUAAUUAAAAGGACAGGCAUAAUCGAUGCAUCAAACAUGUCUACAACAAUGCAAAAGGAAAUUGCAAAGGCGAAGAAAAUUUUACAUCCAAAUAGUCGAAAAAUCACUGCAAUUGCAAAAAAGAGCAAAAAAAUGUUAAAUAGACAAAAAAUUAAAAUGGCUGGUACAAUAAAACAAAAUUUGAUAGGGGAGAAAAUAAUGUGGAUUCAACAGAAUAUUGUUCCUGAUGUAUGUCCGUAUACUGCUGAACUCACAGCAGAAUUACUUUUAAAAUAUAUUGGAAGAAAUGACGAGGAACUAGAACAAAUUGCUAUUAAGCACUCUGUAGGAGGAAAAAGAGGUAGACAACACGCUAAUAGAGAAGAUAUAAUAAGGAUGACCAAAAAAAGGGAGCAAGAAGAGUUUGAUACUUGUGGGAUUGAGAUUCCUGAUAUUUUAAAUCCAGUACAAUAUGAAAUGUUGAGGACAUGGAGCGGCGAAUUAAGACUCCUACCUAAUUUCAAGUUUCGAAGAUUUGGGAAGAUGCAUUUAAAAGACAUGUUGCAGAAAGUAGAAAGACAAUCAAAGGUAGCGAUGAAUAAAUCUAUUAACUGUACAAAGUCUUGCACUCGCUCACAGAGUUCAAAAGACAGCAAACUUAAGGGCAGUAGUAGUAUAGAGAAUAAAGAACCAACAAACAACACCCUAACCGAAAAUACUACAUUAAAUGAUUGUCCGAUGGAAGUAGAAUAAAUUGUACCUCGAUAUCUCUCUAUCAACCAUUCAUCACCCUUCAUCAUCCGUUAUUAAGAUUCGAAAAAUUCAAAAAAAUUAAAUCCGGCUUGACCUGGUGCGCUCCAACCUGGCUUGCAUAUAUUAAUGAUGGACAAUUAUUUAUUGUAUAUGGAUGAAAAUAAAAAUGAUCCACGAGAA